ACCACAAGAAGACAUGAAGAGCCAGUGAUGGGGAAGAUGAUGGAGUCUAGUUUUUCAGGCACCCAGUCCUUCCCUGAAGCUUUGUCUGCAGACAGAGGAGGCCAGGCUGCAAAGCCACAUAGGAAUUUUUCUCCAUGUUGCAAUGCAGGUCAGCAACCUGGAAUAUUGCACAGAAAUGCCUUUCGAAGGACUCCUCCUUUGCCAGGGGGAAGAUUCAAUGGCAUUACAGGACCAGCUUACCAACAACUAGAAGAGUCCAAGAUCUCAGAUCAGGACACAGGACCUUCUCAAGGGUUAUCUCCUGGUUUAAAAACAUCACAGAAUGCUUCAAUAAAUAUGCAACUGCCUUCAAGAGAAACAAGCUCUUAUUUCAAUAGCACGGCUUCAAGAAACAUGGUGGGCUACUCAUCGCCAAGAGCCAAUUCUGUUCCCAUCAUCCCUUCAGUGGGCUUAGAUGAAGCCUACAUGCAGACUCAAAACAUUUCAGAUAUCACAGGCAUCAAAUGGUGCAAAAACUCCUAUUCCACUGAAAUGGUCAAUAUGAGUGCCCCAACCAGCAGCUGUCUUAUUGCAGAACAACAAGAAGUCAAACUAUUAUUAGAAACUGUCCAGGAACAGAUCCGAAUUCUGACUGAUGCAAGGAGGUCAGACAAUUUUGACCUUUCCAAGGUCAAGGCAGAAAACAGUAGGAGUGGAAACACAGCUUUUCUGCCCAUGAGCCCAGUGGCAAAAUCAGAGCGAGAGGAGGCACAGUUUGUCUUAAAAAGUGAAUCAAAAAGAGACUUGGCAUUGAUCAAGUGA